CAUAUUUCCUCUCGUGGCUCUCUCUCGUCCGCAGGAGGUAGGAAAGGUGGUGCGCGGUUCCGGCGGUGACCGAAUUUUUCCACGGAGGCGAUGGUCGCGACGCGCGCGUGCAUUUCGUAACGGUCGUCGUGCAGCGACGGUGUCAGGGAGUGAAGAUCGGCUAAUCAUGCCCAGGGAAGGCGGCAAUCCGGCCGGCAGGCGGCCGUCGUCGCGCAACGCGAAGCCCUACGACGUGAACAACUCUUUUGUAAGAAAGGUGGCAACCAAGGUAACAGAUUUUAUACCACAAUCCUCAUGGAUUAGUAAGUGGUUCAAUACCUCUCAAGGUAAUGAGGAUGCGUUAGAUGGUACAGAGAACAUUGUGGAAACAGAGCUUGAGGAUGAUGCGCAGCAGCCUCCUCCUAGCAAACGAGCACGUAUUCGUAUGGAUGUGAUCCAUCCACCUGGCACAUUUUCUAUACAAUCGAGAGUUAAAACCGCAUUGAAUACAGUUGAGCCCUCUAAAGGGCAGUAUCCUGUUAAUAAUGAUAUGACAGAAGAUUUUUUGGAACCUGCAACAGCUGGUCCAAGUGGAAUAAGCCGUUUAAUAUCCUCAACUCCUGCGGUACAAACGGACAUUAGGACUGUAACGUCUCACAGGUCUGACUUAAAUUCGCUAACUUCGUCGACUAAUAAUGGAAUAGCAAAUGGCAUGGAUGAUAAUUCGGAAUCCAGUGAAAGUACCAGUGGUUGCAGUUCACUUAUCCCACAGAUAAAUAGGCACGAAGGCUCAUCAAACUUGUUGUAUAGUUCGACUUUUACUAGUAGAAAGAGGCACGUUGAUGAUAAAUUGACAUUUACUAAUCAUUUACAAUCUCCAAGGUCCUUGUUUCUAGACAGUAAUUCUCGUGAUACUUUAAGCAGUCGCAGGCCGAGUUUUAACGCAUCAAUUGUAACAAACGCUGCAGAUCGUGCAUCUCCACUAUCUUCUCCUUUUUAUAGUGGUAAUAUUACUUUCGGGGGUGCAAAUGCAGCGGGUCUUUACAAACGAAGUCAAAAUAUUUUUAACACUUCAAACGAUAUACAACUUAAAGUACCAAGGAGAACCAAUGUUGAAGUUAAACCUUCCGAUGGAGUCGAUUCAUCGGGUAUGAGUCAAACCGCCAAAAAGAUACUAGAGGCAUUAGAACAUUUUUCGUCGCCUGUAUCUGACGCGAAGAAAAUCCCGUUAAAGAACACGAGUAUGUCUUCGGCAACGACUAAAAAAAGAGCGCGAGAAGAAAUAGUAAACCCCUCCGCUAGAAUUGGUUUGCGUCAUUUGACGCGCGAAUUAACAGUACCAACCGUCCCUGAUAUAUUGAAGUUGAGGCGAAGGCAAAAGUUACAAGAUACAACUCUCAUGGCUAGAAAAAUCGUUUCUGCUCGUAGCGAUCCACCUCCGCCUCCACAGGAGUAUCGGUUGAGGAGGGAAGAUACCGAUAAUGAAAAGUACCGCGGCAAGUUGAAGGGCAAGUCUAAAAUAAAUUUAGAACAAGAAGAAACGGUAGCGCCUGUAAAUUUGCCGAACAUACCUUUGCCAAUAACGACAUUACCCAAUUUCAAUUUUACCCUAUCACCUCCAGCUUCACAUUCCGCAGGCAAAACUGUAGCAAAUAAAGAAAAUACUUUUACAUUUGCUAGCCCUAUCAAGGUGACAGAUGCUGGGAGAAGUUUACAAUCUGUCAACAAUUUCACCUUCAGUAAUCCAAUCGACGCUGAAGUCUGCACGAAUACUAACGCGACUAAUUCAAAUUUGCCUUCAACAACGGAAAAUGAGUUUACUGUUGAUUGUGCGAUCACAUCCGUACCAAAUUUCAUUUGGAGUGGUUCAUCCACAGCACCCAGAUUAAAAGCCAAAGUGAAAAACAGUAAAGAUGAUUCCGUUGGAUCCGCAAUGUCACAGGAAUUGAAAUCAGGAAACAUUAUAGAUGCAUUCUCUUCCAAAUCUAACAAAAUGGAAUCUAAUUUUAUUGGACAGCCAAAUUCGGGAUUGACUUUUGAAACAACUGACAAGACUACCAGUACAUUCGCUGGCUCAGAUUUUGAUAUCACCCGCACACAGGGUAUGGAGUCUUGGGAGUGUAGUGAAUGUAUGAUUCGGAACAGCGGUGCAGACAAACAGUGUACUGCAUGUAAAAUUUCUCGGCCUGAUCCUAAUGAAAAAACUUCGUCGCCAACAACGGAUACAAUUGUAGAAACAAAGCCGAUUGCACAGGAUUGCUUUGGUUCUCAAUUUAAACUGUCUUCAAAUCAAUGGGAGUGUGCAACUUGCUCCGUAAGAAACAAACAGAAUGACACUACAUGUGUAGCGUGUACUGCACCAAAACCAGGAAAUAGUUUUACGAUGCAACAACCUGUUAAAUCUCAAAAUUUCAAUCUAAUGGAGAAGUUUAAACCUACCGAAGGAUCAUGGGAAUGUUCCGGUUGUUUACUAAGCAACGCCGCGAACGUUAUUACGUGUCCUUGUUGCAAUACAUCCAAACCUAUUAUUGUAAAAACAAAACCGAAGACUGAUAAUGUCACGGAGUUAUCUGUGCAAAAGUUGGAUACUAGUACAGAAGUUCGGACAACGCAAGAAAUAUCUAAUAAUUCUGAAAUAAUGAACAAAUUUAAACCAAGCAAAGAUUCCUGGGAAUGUCCAGGAUGCCUUGUUAGAAAUAACAAUUCUGUCACCAGUUGUCCUUGCUGUAGCACCCCUAAACCUAAAUUUAAACCAAGCAAAGAUUCCUGGGAAUGUCCAGGAUGCCUUGUUAGAAAUAACAAUUCUGUCACCAGUUGUCCUUGCUGUAGCACCCCUAAACCUAAUUCUACUGGCGAGCCAAGCAAAGCGGAACAGACAUCGAGUAAUGGAUUUGGAGAUAAAUUUAAAAAACCGGAAGGUGCAUGGACUUGCGAUACUUGUAUGCUACAAAAUGAUUCAAAGAAUAUGGAAUGUGUGGCUUGUCAAGCUUUGAAACCUGGUACUGUAAAAUCAAAUGAAUCUUCAUCGAAUACCAGCUCUACCUUGCAGUUUAAAUUUGGUGUACCACAAACUUGUACAACAAAUUCAAGUGGGCCACACGGAUUUAAGUUUGGCAUAGAUAAGACUGACAGUCAAUCUAAAUCCGACGCAACAUCUCCUUUAAACGGAUUCAAAUUUGGUAGUGCACAACAGAAUAGUGGUAUGGCACAAUUUACAUUUGGUAUUCCAAAAGAACAGAAUAAAGCUGUAAGUGAAGAGUUUAAAACUGUCACAACAUCUUCUAGCAGUACAGGAUUUCUAUUCAACAUGAAAAAUCCUGAAAAACCAGAAUAUACCAAUCAAAAUCAGGAAACUAAACAGGAAAUACUUUUUGGCAUGCCAAAAAAUGAUAAUUUAAUAACAGCAAGUGAGAAACAAAAUAUAAACGUUGUGUCCAGCGCUCCACCGACUGCUCCAUCGACCGUUCUAUCGACUGUUUCUUCUUUCACCUUUGGUGUACAGAAACCAGGAUUUAAUCAGUCUGAUUCAAAUAAGGAAGUACAAAAAACUUCCUUUGUAACCACUGUAACAGAAAGCUCCAAGCCAGUGGUAACAACUGAUACGGUACCAAUUAGCACUAAUACGACGUUACCGUCGUUAUUGACACAAAAAGAUACUACAACAAAUAUAUCAGACGCAAAACCGAAGCCGAUAUUUUCAUUCGGGGUACAAAGCAGUAUAAGCACUGUUACUACAACUUCCACGAAUGCAACGACUACUUGUCUUCCAACUUUUGCUCAACCUACUUUCACAUUUUCCAAUUCAAAGACGUCAUCUCAGCCAACCACAAUACCGUCUUUUGGUCAAAUUCCGACGUCAUCCGCCUCGUUGUCCACGAAUGUGUCGUUUGCAGGAAACAAGGUAACUGAGACUACUCCAUCAACUAAUAAAACCGUGAAUGAUACUUCAGCUGCUAUUCCACUCUUCCCGAGUGCCACACCGCUAUUCAAUAAUGAAUCGAAGGUGAUAACAUUCGGCACGUACAAACCGUCGUUUACUGCGACGGGAGAUAAGCCGUUAGGAUAUGCUACACCCGAGAACAAAGUUCCAACGUUUGGCAGUAACACCGAAAAUAAACCAUCGAUUUUCGGUACACCGGAAACGAAGUUGCCCGCAUUCAAUUCACCCGCGGCAAACCCUCUAUCAACGUUCGGCACGCCGUCCAACAAUGCUACUUCAAUACCCUUUGGCUCGGCUAAUGCCCCGGCUUUUGGAAGUAAUACCACAUCCGCUUUCGGCGGUACUACGACAACACCCACUAUAUUCUCAACCACCAAGCCUAGUGAAACUACUGUUGCAAACCCGUCUUUAUUCACGUUCGGUUCGACUUCGUCGCAACAAUCGGCAAGCGGUGGAUUUAACUUCUCCGCAAAUAUUAAUCCGGCUACGUCGUCGUCCGCGAAAUCGCUCUUCACGUUCGGUAACAAUUCAAGUACGCCGCAGAGUAAUAACAAUACGUUUGGUAGUGGUACAUUUGGAGCGAACUCCGCUUCAACGAACACUGCCAAUUUUACGUUUAAUCCACCUAAACAAGAAACACCGGCGGCAUUUGGUCAAGGCGCAGUGGCAACUCCGAUGUUCGGUACUCCACAAGCAACUCCGCAGACUCAAGCAACAUCGUCAUUUUCGUCUACUCCUUCAUCUAGUACAGGAUUCAAUUUUGGAUCUGCAGCUCCAGGUGCUACGCCAUCAGGAGGUUUUAAUUUUGGAGGAAUGCCGUCUACAUCUGCGUCAACCGGAGGAUUCAAUUUUAAUUCUGCUUCUACUCCCGCGGUAGCUUUUGACCCAAAUAGUCGGCCUUCAUUCAAUUUUACCAAAGGAAGUGCACCAACAGCAUUUAACGCUCCACCUCAAUCGGCAACAGCACCACCACGGAAAAUCAAAAAAGCAUUUCGAAGAUGCGCGCGGUAGAGAGUAUAUGACAACACGUUCACGCAUACACUCAGGUGCGUCCCUACAUCUGUCUGUAUAUCUGAGUGUGUCUAUAUGUUAGGCGUUAUAUAAAAAGAUGUACAAUGAAAUUCUCUUAUACAUCAAUCAAUUGCAGUGUGGUGGUAUAUACCAAGCAUCUUUGUAAUAUAGUAAUCCGAAGCUACCCGAACAUGCUUGUGUACAACCACUUGUGUUCUCUCUCUCUCUGCAGGAAAAUGUAAAUUAUAAAUUAUUUAAAUUAUACAAGUUAUAACGAAAAUAAUAUCUUGGAGUUGGCAUGAAGCCAGUAAAUCGUGAUGGCGUUGCAUUACUGAGACCUUACCAAAAAAUUGGACGUAAUGUAUAUGUACCGAUAUGACGUAUUCAAAAUAGCAUACAUAUUUGCCGAAAUCGAAAAGUAUACCUCGACAAAGAAAAUUAAUACGCACUUAACACGUGCAAUUGAAGUACUAAAUACUAGUGGGAGUGGGUUUGCCACUUGUUCAGGUAAGUAUAAGUCAGUCACAGCUCGUAGCACGCUUUGUAAAAGUCUUGACGUGCAACUUAUUGGAUUUGAUUAAGAAAUAUUAUGUGCGCAGGCAUUGUAAUUUUUUAAUUAAAUACAGGUUAAAACAUAUAAGUGCUAAUACCUAAUAUCUUUGAUACAUUUGAAUUUUAAUGAAAAAACUUUUUGAAUAAGAAAAGAUAAGUUUGAGAAGAUUAACAUAAUUCUCAUAAUUUAAAUUUAUAUUAAUUUUAUGUAAUAUUUCAUAAUUUCACAUUUGAUUUUUAAAAUGCAAUGUUUUCCCGAAUAUUUUUUCAUUUAAAAUACAAAAUAUCAAUGUUGAGUCAUCUGAUUUUGCUUAAAUUGUUAAAAAAUUAGUAAUUUUUAUUUAUUUUUUUUUCUUUACAUACACAUGUAUGUUAUCGUCACAUUUUUUAGUUUAUAUCAUUUUAAAAUUUUACGUAGUUCUAUGUGUAACUAAA